ACGACCACAACGACGCCACAUCGCUCAACUUAUCUUAUAACACUACAAAUUCCCAUCUCGCCCGGGCAAGAUGAGCGCCUUAGCCUCCAAGUCUCAAUCGCUCAAGGUUUUUGAGAAAUUGAAGACAAAGCAAGCGAACAGGAUAUGCUUCGACUGCGGCCAGAAUAACCCGACGUGGACAUCAGUCCCGUUGGGCAUCUAUCUCUGCCUCGACUGCUCCUCCAACCACCGUAACCUCGGUGUCCACAUCUCGUUCGUGCGAUCUACGAACCUUGACCAAUGGCAAUGGGACCAACUCCGAAUCAUGAAAGUGGGCGGUAACGAGUCGGCAACGAAAUUCUUCCAGUCCAACGGCGGAACUGCCGCGCUGAACAGCAAGGACCCCAAGACAAAGUACACCUCCAACGCCGCCAUCAAAUACAAGGAGGAGCUCAAGAAGAGGGCCGCAAAGGAUGCUAUAGAGUACGUCCCAUCCAGCCUCACACAACACCACAUCACAUAGAUCGAAAUUAACACUCCCGCGCAGAUACCCCACGGAAGUCGUAAUCACCGACGUCAUGGGCGGUGGCUCAACCGACGGCUCCUCCACCCCCGCCGGCGAACCCGACGACGACUUCUUCUCCUCCUGGGACAAGCCCGCGAUCAAGCGCCCCACCCCCCCGGCUCGCGCACCGCCACCCCCCCC